CCCCCUCCCCGGUGCCGGCGGCCACAUGACCGGGCGGGAGCGGGGCCGGGCCGGGCUCUCACCGCCUACAAAUGCGGCGAUCCCGGAGCGGGGCCACCGCCUCCUGCGUGUCCGUGUCCCCGCGUGUCCGUGUCCCCGCGCAGGGCGGAGCAUGGCGGCGCGCCGCUGGCUGCUGGCGCUGCUGCUGCUCUUCUGCCUCGCGCUGAGCGCCGCGUCCGCGGGGCCGCUGGGAGCGGGGCUGGAUGGGAUGGAUCCCGAGGACGGCCUCAUCCGAACGCUGGUGCGGCCACGGGGUGCGCGGCGUGGGAACGUGCGGCGGCCAGGAGGGUGGAGGAGGAUCCGCCGGCCCCGGCCACGGCUGUCCCAUAAGGGCCCCAUGCCCUUCUGAUGGAGGACCACCGCCAGCGCUCCGAGGAUGCAUCCCCACUGCCUGCUCUGCUCGUCCCUGAGCUGGCAUCACCUCCCUGCAGCUGUCCCUGGUGGCUCUGGCACCGUGUCCUCCCAGUGCCCCGUGCCCUGAUCCCAGUGUGCCAGGUCCAGGGGCUCUGCAUAAAGCACUUUGUCUGGCGGAGGAGCUCUCCGUGGGGCCCUGCCCCAUCCCCUCCCAGAGGGGUCUAUUUAUUCCUGUGAUGCUGACCCCGUGUGAGCUGCACUGUGGGGUUCCCACCCCCCGGGGCUCUGCAGGAAGCACUGAUGUACCCCAAAAGGGCCGCAGCGGUGCCGGGUCCUGCUGGUCACCGUGUCUGUCAUGUCUGUAAAGAAUUGUUCUGUGUAAAUACAUCUUUAUUAUAAAGAGCUAUGAUGACAGUAAGCACUUGUGGUGGUGGUGUGGUGGGAGACUGAACGAAGGGCUGUGGGACAUUCUGCAGCCUGUGGGGCUGGGGUGCUCUGUGCCCUGAGUAGGGACGCAUCCCAUCAUUGUCCUCAUGGUGCUGCUGAUGGUGUCAGUGCUGUGACAUGGGGCCUUGUGCAUCUCUUCAGCCAGAAGUGGUUUGUAACUCAGGGUGUGAGCACCACGAUGCUGAUGUUGCCGUGGUUACCAGCUACUGGGUGCAGCACCCGUGUCUGGGGUUGGGCUGCCUGGUCCUGGGCACCUCUGGUUGCUGCCAUCCUCUGGUGGCUGCUGAACACCCAGCCUGUUUCAGCCCUUCACCGCAUGCUCCGGGUCCCUUUGUCCCCCCGUCUGCCGUCCCCAUUCCAGAGUCUGUGCUCCUGGUGUCGUCCUCCCUGCCAUCUCUAUUCUUGGUGUCCCUAUUCCUGGUGUCCCUGCCUCUGGUAUCCAUGUCCCUGGUGAUCCUAUUGCUGAUGUCCCUGGCAGCCCUGCCUUGCCAUUCCAGUUCCCAGUGUCCCCAUUGCUGUGGGUCCCGGUAGGCAAGCAGCUGCAGGCACCUCUCCCUGGUGUCCCUCCAGGCCCACACAGGAGGGCGGCAGCUUAGGGCUCAGCAAGCAGAUCUCACACUUGGAUGGGGGCAGAGCUGUGCAAACAGAUGGGACCACCCCAGA